UCUGAAUGAGCUGUUGUUGUUUUUUUUUUUGUUGAAUUACUGUUGCUUAAUUUGUUAAUUGCACAUUAAUUUCAAAACAUUUUCCAAGAACUGGAGAAUUAUUAAAUAUUGAUUUCCUACACAUCACUGCCGUCCAUUAACAUGCUCUGUUUGGCAUUGUGCAUAAUUUGCCGUAUGCAGCAAAUACACACUUACAAACUUACAAAACCUGCUCUAUUUCUUUCUUCUUCUUCUUCUUUUUUCUACUUUUUUUGGCAUUAUAUAUAUAUAUAUUUCACAAAAGAAGAAGAAGAAGAAGUUGUAUUUUUUCUUAUUUCACUGGUCAUAAAUGGAGCCUGAGAUGAAGGAGAAGCUGCUGCAGGUAGCCGAAAACAACGAAGAAAAUCUCAAGAAAAAGAUAUGGAAUGAGACCAAGAAAAUGUGGAUCAUUGCUGGCCCUGCCAUCUUGAUCAGAUUCUCAACUUUUGGGAUAAAUGUUGUGAGCCAAGCUUUUGUGGGCCACAUUGGCGCCACGGAGCUUGCUGCGUACGCGCUCGUCUACACCGUGCUGCUGAGAUUCUCCAACGGCAUACUGAUCGGCAUGAAUAGUGGAUUUGGAACGUUGCACGGGCAAGCAUAUGGCGCGAAGCAGUAUCAAAAUCUCGGGAUGUAUCUGCAGCAAGGGUGGAUUGUUUUGCCUACUGUCGCGGCUAUUCUUUGUCCCCUGCUGGUUUUUGCUGCUCCCAUCCUGAAAGCAUUAGGCCAAGACGAACUCGUUGCAGAAACGGCAGGGGUUGUAGCUCUCUGGUUCAUUCCCUUAACGUUUUCCUUUGCUGUUUUGUGCGCUAGCAACAUGUUUCUGCAGUCGCAGAGCAAGAUCGUCGUGCUCUCCUGCUUAUCCACUCUUUCUCUGUUACUGCACAUCUUCAUCUCAUGGCUUCUCACGGUGAGGUUCGAGUUUGGGAUGACCGGUGCCAUGGUUUCCACUACGUUGGCCUAUUGGAUCCCCAAUGUAGGCCAGAUCAUCUACAUUUUCUGUGGAGGUUGCCGGGAGACGUGGGGAGGCUUUACGGCCUUGGCGUUCAAGGAUCUUGGCCACACAAUCAAGAUUGCUGCGUCGUCGUGCCUAAUGUUUAGCCUUGAAUUAUGGUACAAUGCAGUGUUGAUUGUAUUGAGUGGAAACAUGGAAAAUGCUGAGGUUUCAGUUGAUGCUCUUUCUAUCUGCCUCAACAUGAGUGGGUGGGCUCAGAUGAUAUCCACAGGUUUGAUGGCUACAACAAGCGUUCGCGUGGCUAACGAGCUCGGGAGGGGGAACGCCAGAGCUGCAAAGUUUGCGAUUGCGAUGAUACUCGUCACGUUAUUCUCCAUUGCACUACUCGUGUUCGCCUUGUUUCUCGUCUUUAGGGAGCAACUAGCAUACGCGUUCACCACUAGUGAGGAUGUGGCGGCCGUCGUGGCUAAUCUCUCGCCUCUUCUUGCGUAUAGCUUGCUUCUCAAUGGCCUUCAGCCUAUACUUUCCGGCGUGGCGGCCGGGGCGGGACGUCAAAGCACGGUCACGUAUGUCAACCUCGCUUCCUACUACUUGAUAGGAAUACCUCUCGCAGUUAUACUUGGUUUUCCCCUCAAUUUCCAAGUUCAAGGUGUCUGGAUAGGGAUGAUAAUCGGGUCAACAGUCCAAACGGGGAUACUUGUCGUCAUGACUUGCACAACUGAUUGGAAUGAACAGAUUUUCCUAGCUCACAAACGAAUCAGUCGCCCACUUACCUCAUAAUGAAUUAGAGUUUCCUCAAAAUUGAAACCUUAAUACGACAUAACACAAACGAUUUUGACUUUGAUUUCGUUUAAUAUUUUGAUUUAGAUAUUGUAGACAGCCAAAUUUGUAGCAAAUCACGCUCUAUGUGUAAAUUUAUGAAUCAAGUAUUUAAUUAUAUUUCCUAUUUUGUUAA